UUUAUCAAAAAAGUUGAUCUAUAUUUAAAAAUGUCGAAAAUUAUAGAAAUACCAGUACAUGCACAGAAGUUGUUGACUAUAUUUAGAACAAUUAUACCCAAACUGAGCAAUGGAAAAUAUAAAGGUCAAUAUGGUCGAAUUGGUGUAAUUGGGGGCUCUCUGGAAUAUACUGGAGCUCCAUACUUUGCAGCAAUUACUGCUAUGAAAGUGGGAGCCGAUUUAUCACAUGUGUUCUGCCAUACUAAUGCAGCGGCAGUGAUUAAAUCGUAUAGCCCGGACUUAAUUGUACACCCAGUCCUGGACUGUGAGGAUGCUGUUGAAAAAAUAAAGCCUUGGAUGGAACGAUUACAUGUUAUAGUAAUUGGACCAGGCUUAGGGCGAGAUCCUAGCAUUCUUAAAACUACAACAGAUGUCAUUAAGCUUUGUCUGGAAAUGAGAAAACCAAUUGUCAUAGACGCAGAUGGGUUAUUCAUAUUAAAUGAUAAUAUCGAGCUAGUAUGUGGAAAACGAGAUGUGAUUUUGACACCUAAUGUAAUUGAAUUCGAAAGAUUGUUUGGUAAGGAUACCGCGACGGCACACGAAAAGAUGUCAUUACUCGGUGAUGGGGUUGUGGUGCUUGAAAAAGGCGCCCAUGAUAAAAUUCACAUACCCCAUACUAAUGAAGUAUACAGCAUGCCAAUCGGUGGAUCAGGACGUCGUUGCGGUGGUCAGGGCGAUUUGCUUAGUGGAUCCCUAGCAACUUUCUUUUGUUGGUCUUUGCAAUCGAAUCAACCCAAUCCAGCAUAUUUGGCGGCUUGUGCCUCUAGCUAUUUCGUUAAGAAAAUAAAUUAUGCAGCAUUUCAAAAACUGGGCCGUAGCUUGGUUGCCAGUGAUAUGAUAAAGGAAAUAUCCUCAGUCUUUAAAACUGAGUUUGAAAAUUCGAGCUCUGAUUAGUAUAUAAAUAGAAUUAACAACCAGUGUAAUCGAU